CUUCCUCAUUCUCAAGUUUUCAGGCUAUGGUAACAAAGAGUGGGCAUAGUAGUGAGCUGUGAAUUGUGAGCCAGUCGUGUCCUGCAUCCAGGGUAUGGACUAUUGAAUUGCCUGGCUUCCAGUUUUCUACGAAAUCAACUACAACAGAUUCCUUCUGAUACAUUAAACGUGAAUGAAGAUCUCCAAAUGAUUAUAAGCACUCCUCAGAGGUUGAGCGCGGGAGGAGAUCUUCUGAUUGGGAAUCCAUUUGCCGCAGCCACCACAACUAUGGUCACUCAGAGCCACAUCACAGAAGCUACCAGCUGGAUCCCAGGGGACCGGAAGCGUACCCGGGACUUCAUAGAGUCUGACUUUUCAGAGAGCAAAAGAAGCAAACGAGGGGAAAAGAGUGGAAAGGGUUUGCGGCAUUUCUCCAUGAAGGUCUGUGAGAAAGUUCAGAAUAAAGGAACCACAUCCUAUAACGAGGUGGCUGAUGAACUGGUGGCCGAGUUCACUGGUUCUGCGGGUCACCUGGCUACCGACUCUGCAUAUGAUCAGAAAAAUAUUAGACGAAGAGUUUAUGAUGCUUUGAAUGUACUUAUGGCUAUGAAUAUUAUCUCUAAAGAGAAGAAAGAAAUUAAGUGGAUCGGUUUACCCUCCAACUCUGUCCAGGAAUGUGAGAACUUAGAAAAGGAGAAACAGAAGAGAAUAGAACGCAUUAAACAAAAGAGUGCUCAGUUACAGGAGCUGCUCCUGCAGCAAAUUGCCUUCAAACACCUUGUUCAGAGGAACAGACAGCUGGAGCAGCAGAGUCACAGUCCACCUGCGGAAAACUCUACUAUCAAACUUCCGUUUAUUAUUGUUAACACUAGCAAGAGAACUGUUAUAGACUGCAGUAUAUCCAGUGACAAGUUCGAAUACUUAUUUAAUUUUGACAAUACUUUUGAAAUCCAUGAUGACAUUGAGGUCCUGAAAAGAAUGGGCAUGUCAUUUGGACUGGAGUCUGGUGUAUGCUCAUCAGAGAACCUGAAACUUGCCAAGUCCUAUGUACCCAGAGCUUUGGAAGGAUAUGUGACAGACAUGGCAACGGGGUCUUCAUGGACGGAUCAAGGUCUUAAUUUCAGUACAUCCCAAACGGUCUCUGCUGUGAAUGCAGCCUCCACUACAACUUACACUCAGUCCAGUGAAAACCCGGGAUUGUAUUUUGACUCUGAAAUCUCUUUGACUACCGGCAGUCACCAUUCCAGUUCAGGAACAUCGCACUACACAGAAUCUCGAGGAGAGACACCGUGCUCGUUUGAUGAUGAUGAGGAAGAUGAAGAUGAUUCGUCCUCCCUGGAAUAAAAACAUCCUACAUGAAGAGUGUGUGUGCAUGAGUGUAUAUGAUGAGUGUGUGCGUGGAGUGCGUGGAGUGCAGUCUAUUGACCUGAAGACUUCACUUGAAAGAGUGGCGAUAUGGUGGGUCUUGUGGCAUCUUUUUCUUGGUAAAGUAUAAAAUUACAAGAAAAGCCAAACUCAGCCAUACAUGUUGGCAUCGUGCCACGUGGCUGUUACCGGAUGACCACAAUUAUGUUUAGCUUUGUUUUUUGAAGAUUUAAUUGCCCCUCCCAGUGUGAAAAAAAAAUGCUGCUUUAACUCUGUCGCUGCUGGAUUUUUGUAUGCUCACUGCCUUUGCCAGCUUACAAACCUUUCACAGACUAGAAACAGCUCCGUGAAUUCAGAGCAUAUGGGGACAUUUAUUUAGGGAUGAAGCCUGCUACCAUUUAUUAUGGACUCUGCUACUUGCAGGCUUCAGCACUGAGUACAGAUACUGCUUUUUAAAUGCCAGAGUAGUAUUGUCCAUCACUCUGGCCCUGCUAGGUUUAAAUUAAGAGGCUUUCGUUUCUAUGAAAAGGUUUUUGUUUUUUUCCAUAAAUAGAAAUUUGCUGAAAGGCUAGUGAUUAACCUUUUGCAUGCCGGAGCGGUGCACAAAACACUGCAAAGGAAGCCAUUGGCGCAGUAGGUUCUCCCUCAGAAGGAACCUUUCAAACCGAAGCUGGAAGAAAAUUUUUUUUUUUUUCUUUGUUUAGAAAUGUUUAAGCCAGUCUGCAAUAAAACAUGUUCUAAUAAAGACUGAGAUGGAUAUAUAUAAAUAUAUUAUUUUUUUUUAUAUAUAUAUUUUUUGUACACCACAAUUUUAUGUUCUGCGUUUUCUUCUUCUUCUUCGUACCAAGAUAUCCCAGAAUCAAAUAGUAUACGAAAUGCUCAGAUUAUUUUUUUUCCUGUUUGUUAGAUGUAAACCCAAACAGAAUAUCUAAAAAAUGGUGGAAGGUUCACGUAUUCCACUUUUUUGCAUGCUAACAAUAACAAUUAUUUAAUUUAACUUUUUUUUUUUUUUUUUGCCCACCAAACAAUCCUUUCCUAUAUCUUGCGAAAGUUGGUUUUUAUUUUAAUUAAAUCACGUAUUCACAGAUUCUUAGUAAACCGUGAAAUGAGCCGAAAUGAAGCAAUCAGACUCUUUAAUCAUUUUAGCGAAAAAAAAAUACAAAAUUGAAAAGCCCUGAGUUGUAUUUACAGAUCCCCAGUACACUUAAACUCUUGGGUAUUCUCCUGCACUCAGACACGUAUUGACAAAUCAAUCCCUGCUGAGUUCAUACAGGGUAAAAUCCCAUCAUAAUCGGAAUGUUGCUGAACUCUGCAUGGAGUUGUUAAAAUCUUGGUCAACUCAUGUUCUGGCCACGUUCGGACAAACUCAGCAGCCUAAAUCAAAAUUUUCUUUGACGUUGGAAAGGUUGUGUCUGUUGAGGGAUCGUACUGAUUACAAAGUCAGUCUAGGCUUAUAUUAAGGAAUAACUGUGGUGAUAUAAGUAUCACAUGGCCAAUGGAAUGAAGCCAAAUCGCAGAACAGACUUUGGUAGUCUACUCGUAUCAAUGGAAUUGCAUCGAAGGGACUAUCUCUGAAAGUCCAUCACUGCCUUAGAUUUAUACUUGGUAGUCUGUUUAUUGUAAAAGUACCAUUGUGCGCAACCUGCCUAAUCAAAACUUUGUUGGCUACAUUAGGUAUGUGCUAUUGGAAUGUGGUGAGGAGUUGUUCAAAAUCUUUACUGUUUGUAAAAAAAAAAAAAAAAAAAAAAGGGGGAAAAAAAAUCUAUACAGGUUUUCUUUGUUCAAUAAAAUCUUUUUUUUUUCCUUGACCUGA